CGAGGUCUUAAUAGUUAUAGGCUGCUAUCGACUUAUUGGCUGCUGUUAAAGCUUUCAGUGAAAAAUAAAGAUAAUACGUGGAUGAGAUAUCACAUUACAAAUCAGCAACUAAAAACAUUCAGAAAUGACAGAGAACCUUACAAAGCAGGCAUAAUAUUUUACCAACCUGUUGUACAAGGACGGCAAUUGUUCACCCACCAGCCAUGGAGUGGACAAUUAUGAACUGUGGUGGCCUCAAUGGCCUGGUUGGGAAUCUAGGAUAUUGGCAGAAUCACACAUACAUCGUGGACGUGGACUGCUAUGAGAGUGUGGAAGGAAUUUUGGAGCAGGUGGAGGAGGAUGACCCACUGACGAGGGAGACCCUCAGACAGCUCGCUGCAUCCAACAUACUGCAGAAGGACUUGGUUCCGCUGAUAACAUCAGUGAAAGAUGACCCUGACUUGUUUUAUAUGGUUAUAAGAUUACUUGGCAAACUCACCAAGCCUAUAGAAUGCCUGCAACAGGAGGUAGGCAAGAGCGGUCAGCAUUCAAGUGAUACAGAGGCCACUUCCAUCAUGUUACCAUGGAUACCAGAGAUAGAAACCAUGCUAACCAAGGCGGCUGAAAGCUGUACAGACAAGAGGUUUAUACAGUCCAUCUUCGUUGAAGUGAACAAAAUAGUUAAAGAUGCUGGGCAGUAUGAUUUGAUUGAUAGCGACUGUGAAGCAAUUAAAGAGUGUUUGCUGUUGCUGCGUAAUAUUCUCCAUAUUCCCAAAGGCAAUAAGGAGCUAGAUCAGACUGACCUUCACUUCACGUUCCUCAGGCUGCUGCUGGAGUGCGGAUUGGAGGAAGUUCUUCUUCUCUUGCUCAACUCAAAACAAAAGGAUGCCUGGGGUGUGGUUAUAGUACAGUUAAUCUCUCUUCUAUACAGAGACCUGGCAAGUGAGAUAUUCCUGACAUUAGAAGACGCAACAUCUUGUGAGGCAGACUCAUGCGACUCUGCAACAUGUUCAUACUGUGAAAGUAUUAUGGACCGAAACAUGUUUUUUCCUGUCAAGAUGGGAAUGAGUCAAGAUUCGUCAAGUUAUGACAUGUCUGCAUCAGGAGAUCAGAAAACUAAAUCACAGUGUUCAGGAAGUGAGGAAAGAUUGAGCAGGAGUUCUGAAUCUGGGAGUGCAGACAAGAAUAGUAUCAGUCCAGUCAAGAUACAGUUGAUGGAAAAACACACAAAUGAAUCAGACAGCCUGAUUCUCCAAAGUAAUGAAGAGACCUCAGAUGUAUCAACAUGUCGUGGAUUGCUUGAAAAUUUUGACUUUCAGUGUGAUCAUGAUGGUAUGAACAGUGGUGAUUUCCUGAGUGAUUUCGUUAGGGGGGAUUCAGCGUGCACUGUAUCUGAUAAUGGAACAAUACAAGCUACAAAAGACCAGAAAAUGAGCAUAUCAGAUGGAAGCCAGUGUGGACCAUUGCCACGUUUGAGCCAGGUUGGACCAUUGUCACAAUUGAGCCAGCUUGGACAGUUAUCUCGUUCCAGCGGAAGCAGCAUGAUUGACAAUACAUGCAUGCGGCUAGUGGAGUUUACCCACAGUUUCCUGCAGGGAGGGCUUUCCAAUCUCAUCAACAUAUUGAAGAGUGAGCUGUUGCAGCCCCAGCAGUUAGCGUCGCCCCUGGAUGACUCAUACUACCUGUGGAGUAUCGCCUUCUUCCUCAAGUUUGCCAGGAGAAAGAAGAUUAAGUUCAACAAAAUUAGGGCGGUGCUGACAGAGGAUGUGUUUGGCUUUCUGGUGUAUGAGGCUGUCACUAAUGGAGAGGAAGUGCAGGCUGCAUACAAGACUAACAAGCUAUAUGGUCUACCAAUGAGAAGGUUGCACCUAUGUGUAAGCGCACUGCGUGAGAUGAUCAAGAUGAUGACGUACCAACUGAUGAGGGGCUUACAGGGGGAGGAUCUCAUGUACAUGAAGUCACUCCAGGUUUCACUGGCCAAUAUGUCCAGCCUACGGCAGACAUUCCUUUGGCUGGUGCGCAGUUACCAGCCUGGUUGUCAUAGUAACCUGUAUCUUCGUGAUGUAAUAGUUACCAACCACUACUUUUUGUUGAUGUUUGAAGACUGGCUCGCUCAGGGUUACUGUAAGGACAAGGAGAUCACCAUGUUAAACCAUAUCAAACAAUUUGCAGUGCCAUCGCUCAUGUUGAAGUAUGGGCAGCUUUUACAGACCUACGGAGAUAAUGACCAUCAUGUUAACAACUGCGCUUUCACCAUGAUGUAUCACAUGGCUGGAGAUUGUAAGAACUGUGAAGUGCUCAUGCAUCCCGAGAUUCUUCAGACAUUUAUCACCAUCCUUGAAGGAAACCAUCCCCUAACCUAUGAGAUGAGCGACCUGAUGGAGUUUAUUGUACAAAAGUUCCUCACCCUGUCGAAGACAGAGCCCCUUGCGUGUGCUGUUAAACUGUGCACCAACAAUUUCCUCAGGAAUACAAACAGGUGUGUCAUGGAAGAGGAUGAUGGGCAGAUGUCCACAUAUGGUUGGAGCUCGGAGGAGGUGGACCUGCUGGUCAGCUGGUGGGAAGACCUAGAAGGUUAUGAUAACAUAGUUGAUGAGAUUAUACAACGAUACCAGGAUAGGGGCAUAUACAAGAAUAAACUAGAGGUGGUGAACCAGUUGUACAAGAUGAAGCUGCUAACAGAGAAGCAGCUGGGGCAGUUCAUCGCCACGGAGAAAGCCAUGCUAGAACAGGUUGCUCAGAGGGAGGAAGACAUGAGUACACAGGACCAGCAGUUUAUUGCCGCCAUUGAAGAACUGAGCAGUCUGGAGGAGGACAAGGUCGUGCCACAUUGCCUCUACAAACUGAGGGAGGGUGGAUAUGAAAAACACCUAGAAUAUUUACAACACUGCUUGCUGGAAGCUGCAUAUGUCAAAUCAGAUGUAAAGAAGGAUGGGAGAUCACAGGAGCCAGUGUCCAAGUUUUUCUGCCUCAAGGAUCAAGAUGUGCCCAUCAUCUUUUAUAAUGAUGAUCAGGAAACCAUGCAGAAGAACGCAUACAUGGUUGGCCUGCUGGAGCAGCUAGGUAUCAACGUUGACAUUGACGGUCUCACCUAUCCAAGAAUCCCAGCCUCAAUCUCUCCUGCCCAGCUCAUCAACUUGGCCGCCAAGAUAGGCCACCUCCCUAAAGAAACAGCAAAUUUUGACUGGAGGGCUGUAUCUGAAGACAAGAUAACCAGACUAUUGGAUGGCACAUUUGACAAUGGUUCCUCUACGUCUAGGACAUUCAAGACCCCGUCUGUGGCAUGGAUGAAGCUAGUGGACAGCUAUAACUGGCAGGAGAAGAUGGACUUUGUCUCAAUUAAAGUGCCCAACGCUCGCAGCAUGGACAUCAUUUGAACAUCAUAGCUAUCUUACACCUUCUUAUUGUCAAAUAAAGUAAAGGCAACAUCUUUUUGAGGGUAAUAAGUUUGACAACUUUAUCUUGGUUGGUUAUGAUGUUGAAGCUCGUCUUGGCCUUCAUUGAUGUUAAUUGGAAGAAUUGGGCGUUUAGAAGUUGUAUGUGUUUGUACUUAUUACUCUUUUGUCAUCGGAAACUUUUACUUUCAGUGUAGCAUAUUUUCAGAUUUAUAACAAAUUUCAGAAUGUAGGUGUAUCCUAAUUAUUAACUAUAACUGAACGCCUUAUUGUCCACAUUGUUAGCAAUCCAUGGUAAUUGUUUUAAUGUAUUAUGUAUGAUGAUAAUGAAUAAUUUAUAUGGUCUUCUAUGUACAGUAUAGUUAGUUUUAUUAGGAAUCACCUUGUACCGUCUGUCCUGGGAAAUAAGUCAAAGUCUACUUUUCUCCAUUUCUCUUAAUAAUUUUUAGGUAUUGUCUUCAAACUUCAUACACAUAUUGACUGUGUUGAGGAGAAAUGCUACACAAAAAGAAACAUUAUUUUGUUUAUAUAUUGAAGAGUUAUUGACCUUUGAUUAUUUUUAUACUCAAUUAAUUUAUUCAAAAAAUCUUCUUGACAAAAAGCUUGUGGCCUAGAGCUUAGAACAUCCACAUCAAACGCAGGGGUAUUGGCACUGUAUUUGUUUCUGUGUUAAAAACACAUUUAUACAAGUAAGUGCAUUUUGUCUGUCUUAAAAGCACAUUUUUAGCUCACCAGAGCACGAAGUGCUCAAAGUGAGCUAUUGUGAUCGGUCUUUGUCCGUCGUCAGUCCGUCUGUCAAUAAUUGCUUUAACAAAUCUCCUCUGAAACUACCCGGCCAAAUUUAAUGAAACUUCACAAGAAGCUUCCUUGGGUGUCCCUCUACAAAAAUACAUCAAGGGGUCACGAUUGUUUAACAACAACAAAAUGGCUGACUUCUUGUUUUGCUUUAAAAAAACAUCUCCUCUGAUCUACAAAAAUAGAACAAGGGGUCACGAUUGAUCAACAACAACAACAACAACAAAAUGGCCAACUUCCUGUUUUGCUUUAAAAAAACAUAGCCUCUGAAACUACCAGUCCAAAUUCAAUGAAACUUUACAGGAAGCUUCCUUGGGUGACCCUCUGCAAAAAUACAACAAGGGGUCACCCAAGGGUCAACAACAACAGCAACAACAACAAAAUGGCUGACUUCCUGUUUUGCUUAAAAAAACAUCUCCUCUGAAACUACCUGGCCACAUUCAAUGAAACUUUACAGGAAGCUUCCUUGGGUGACCCUCUAUAAAAAUACAACAAGGGAUCACUAUUGAUCAACAACAACAACAAGAAAAUGGCCAACUUCCUGUUUUGCUUUAAAAAACAUCUCCUCUGAAACUACCAGGCCAAAUUCACUGAAACUUUACAGGAAGCUUCAUUGCAUGACCCUCUACAAAAAUACAACAAGGCAUUGAGAUUGAUCAACAACAAAAUGGCCGACAUACUUUUUUGCUUUAAAAAAAUCUCUAAAACUACCAGGCCAAAUUCAAUGAAACUUUACAGGUAGCUUCAUUGCAUGACCCUUCAGAAAUAUAAAAGAAGGCAUUGUCAGCAGUAAAAAUAUGUUUAAAUUGCAACAUUUUUAUUAAUGCUUUAUCACAGAGUUGUGGCCCUUUGCUUAGGUAAGUGUUUUAGGACCCUCUUUUUUUGUGUUAUAAGCACAUUUUUUCUGCAUUAAAAUUGCAUUUUUUUUCAGUUUUAAAGCACAUUAUUUUUGUGUUAAAAGUGCAUUUUUUCCACAUUAUAAGUGUGUUUUUUGGGGCUAAAAGCGCGUUUAUGCAAUAAAGCGCAUUUUUACUGCAUUAAAAGCGCAUAUUUUCUGGCCCCCACUGUUGAGGUCACAAGUUUCUAAUGUACUUAAAUUGAGAAAUGUUUGAAAAUAUUCUUGUCUGAAACUGCUAGGCCUAGACCCUUUGGGUUUUUUUUGUACGUAGCAACAUAUAGUAGUCCUCUAUCAAGUUUGUUCAAAUCCUGCCCCUUGAUUUAAAAAUGGUCCAGCCCUGGGGUCACAAGUUCUCUAUAGACAUGUAUGAAACAAACUUUUUUUAUGUAGCAUCAUACAGUAGUUUUUUACCAAGAUUGUUUAAAUAAUGACCAUUUGAUCAAAACUGGCCAAACCCUGGGGUUCACAAGUUUCCUAUAGACUCAAAUAGGAAAAUCUUUUAUCAAACCACAUAGCCCAGACCUUUGCUAUUUGUUAUGAAGUAUCAUAUGAUGGCCUUCUACCAAGAUUUUUCAAAUUAUGUCCCUGGGUUCAAAGCUGACCCCAACCCUUUUGACAAACUUUCUUAUAUUUGAAGCUACAAAAAUGAAAUUUGGCCCAUGAGUGCAGUUUUGAAAUCAGAUAUCAAAUAUUUUGUCUUGAGAUCUUGUGACCUUUUUACUGGUGGAGCUAGCAUAUGAUUUUAGUUUGUGAUGGCUCUUCUUGAAUGUAGGAAUAUAAGUAAUUGCAUUAUCCAUUGAACUGGAUGGCAUUUGGGGGGGGGGGGCAUUUAUCACCUACUGUGACAGCUUUUUAUGGUUUGUUUAAUGUCACCUUCCAUAACAGUUUAAAAUUUAAUCAGUUACAUAUAGGUUUACCCUCGGUACAUCCAUAAAACUAGACAAUGCAGGCAGUCAAGAAGUAGGCCAGCUAGGUUAAAGAAACUUUGUUUGUAGAUAGAGAGCCUUUCCUAGUUUAUGUUAGUAAUUUUAUGUUUAUGUCAGACAAAAUUUGUUAUUGUUGUUGCAAAAUAGAUAGAGUAAAUGUCACUUUUUUUACUAGAACCUGCAUGUACUUAAUAAUUAGAAAAGGAAAAUUAAUGAAACUUGGCUUGUAGAUCAAGGGCCAUUAGGAAAUUACAUGUAUGCACAUCAUUAUUUGUUCAGCUUAAAAUUGUGGUUGCUGGGAAUGAAAAUACCACUUGAGAGGAUCUUAGUAUAAAUCUAGAAGUAUAAGCUAUAUUCAUGAAACUUGUAAGUAAAAAUGUUGUGUUGAUAAAUAUACAGUUCAAAAUUUGAAAAAAAUUGACAUUUUAUAAAAAAUUAUGAAAAAUUGAAGGAACAGAAAACUGAAAUUAUAUUCAUCAUUUGGCACCGCGUCAGGGUAUUGAAACAGUUUUACAUUGUUUGCCAGCAAAUAUUUGCCACCAUGUUAGAGUAUUGGAACUGUUUUACACCAUGAUUGCGACUGAUAUUCACCAAGCAAUUAAAUUAAAAAUGGUGGCAAAUUUUCCAGCAUUGGUUUGCCGCUCUUUUUAAUGAUCUUAAUUUUACCUUCAGUCUGAAACUCACAAAAAUGAUCAAUUAGAUGAUUGUUAUGAAAUUAAUGUUUUAAGAAAAAAAAACCCAUACCUUUAACAACUCAUUAAUGUGUCUCCAUGUGAAAACUGUUUGAUUGGCUGAUAAGCCAGGUCAAAGUUUAUAUUCUGUUGAAUCACCACUGGAUAAGUAUUUGUUGCGUUCAAGAUGACAGACAAGUUUUCAAUGUUCAUAUUUUCACCAUUUUUAGCUCGCCAGAGCACGAAGUGCUCAAGGUGAGCUAUUGUGAUUGGUCUUUGUCCGGCGUCAGUCCGUCAACAAUUGCUUAAAAAACUUCUCCUCUUAAACUACCUGGCCAAAUUCAAUGAAACUUCACAGAAAGCUUCCUUGGGUGACCAACUACAAAAAUACAACAAGAGGUCACGAUUGAUCAACAACAAAAACAACAGCAAAAACAACAGAAUAGCCGACUUCCUGUUUUGCUUUAAAAAAACAUCUCUGAAACUACAGCUCCAAAUUCAAUGAAACUGUACAGGAAGCUUUCUUGAGUGACCCUCUACAAAAAUACAACAAGGGGUCCCGAUUGAUCAACAAUAACAACAACAGCAACAACAACAAAAAGGCCAGCUUCCUAUUUUGCUUUAAAAAAACAUCUCCUUUAGAACUACCAGUCCAAAUUCAAUUAAACUUUACAGAAAGAUUCCUUGGGUGACCCUCUACAAAAAUACAACAAGGGGUCAUGAUUGAUCAACAACAACAACAACAAAAUGGCCAAAAUGUUAAAAUCUGAUAGUUAUGUAAAGUUUACUCUUUAUAUGGUCUCCCUUUUUGUUGGAGAUUCCACUACUUUCUAUUUUUAGUAACAAGGGAAUAGAUUUUAAAUUUUAAGUCUUCAACAUAGUCCUACAUCUGCUACAUAGUCCCUUAAAGCUAAUUAUUGUUAUUUUUCUAGGUUCAUAGAUUCAAAUAAUUAGUAUACACUUUAUUCUUAGGAGAAAUUUCAUUUUUACUUUUCCAUUGAACUUCAUGUAGAUUAUUCUAAGCUACAAUCUUAUCUUCUGUGUGGAUAGUGAAUAAGCCUUACUGAAUUUGAAGAAAAACAUGAUUCUGAACGGCAUUCGGAACUCCUCGGCCAUUUUUUCAAAAACAACCUCGGAUGUAUAUGGACGGUUUACAUACUUAAAAAGUGGUACGUUUAAGUCCGCUGCAAAUAGAUCGCGUAGUAAUCUUAUUUAGUAGUUAAAAUUUAUGACUUAACUCUUGGGAAUCGUAAUUAUGUUUGCAAUAAUACACUUCACUGGCAAUCAAUUUAAACUGAGAGCAAUGAAUACAACUCUUAAACACUACAUUUAAUUAAUGCUUUUAUUAAAAAAAAAUACGGACUACUUCAACAGAUUUACCGGCAUACAUCCGAGGUUGUUUUUGAAAAAAUGGCCGAGGAGCUCCGAAUGUCUGAACCGUCCGCCCGGUUAGCUCAGUCGGUAGAGCGUUGGACUGUUAAUCGGACAGCCCGGGUUCGAUUCCCGGGCAGACCAGGUCACUUCUGUUGUGAUUGGUUAUGAAAUCCUUUCUACGACCAUUCGCACUGUACCACUGCCCCUGGCAUGUACAGAAGUUGUCAGUUCCUUGCAGAAGUGAAGGCACCUAGUACUGGUUCACCGCCCAGGAUAGGUGUGCGGUGGUUGAACUGUCACUCUGGGACCCUUCAAUGUGCUCACGCCGGGACCCGGAGUAUAAACUACUAAAACCACCAACCACCACCAUGAUUCUGAACAUGUGAAGGAAGGUGAUGUUGACCUAGAUGGAAGAAGCAAUGAUAUUAGUGGAAGGUGCUGAAUGUGUUCUGAUAUUUGAUUUUUAGAGCUUAAGGCAUUUUAUUGAUUUUAUUGGAUGGUGCACUGAUUGUUGUUUAUGUGUCUAUACUAAAAGUUCUUUCAGUGUGCAAGCAAUUUAACAUUGAACAGAGUCCUGUCAGUGUGCAAGCAAAUGAAAAAGUCCUGUCAGUGUGCAGGUAUCUGUUCCAAGUGCUGUCAGUGUGCAGUCAAUUAUCAAGUCCUGUCAGUGUGCAGGCAACUGAACAAAGUCCUGUCAGUGUGCAGGUAUGAGAAUCAAAUUCUGUCAGUGUGCAGGCAACUGAACAAAAUCCUGUCAGUGUGCAGUUAAUCACCAAGUCCUGUCAGUGUGCGCCAACUGUAACAAGUCCUGUCAGUGUGCAGCCAACUGUAACAAGUCCUGUCAGUGAUUAUCCAGGCAACAUGUUUGACCAGUAUUUUUAUUUAAUAUUCUUUGAGAACAAAUAUCAAGCUAUAUUGAUUACAAAGGUUAAACUCCUUUACUCAGGUGAGCGAUUAAGGGCCAUUAUGGCCCUCUUGUUUGAUUUUCAUACUUGUGGAAAAGUCCCCUUUUCACCAAAUUUCUGCGUUACCUUUUUCCAUUGUUUUACACUGUUUAACAUCAAUUGCCUUUAACUGAUUCUGGAUUUAAAUGAUUGCAUUCAGGCAUACCUACAGAUCAGCAGCAGCCUCAGUUAAAAUUCCUUGGUUUGAUCAGUUAGCCAACAUGUUUAUUGAAUGGUCAACUUAUGUAAAGGUCCAAACUAACUAUUGACAACUUUGUUUCAUAUAUUCAACAGUUCUAUUAUUUCAAAAACAUUUAUGUUUAUUGUGUUCUGUGUAAAUUAUUGACCGAUUUAUUUUUUGUCAUUAAUAUUUUAAUGUGUUAUUUCUUAGUGUUUGAAUCAAUGUGAAAUGUAAAUUUGUUGUAAUUAAAGCAAUGA